CUUUCCAAAUUGGAUCAAAACACUCAAGGUCAUUUGUAAACCUAAUCUUUGUAUGUGUAUGUAGGUAUAUAUGUACUUCGUGUAUAGUAUGUAUAAUAGCAUGGCUUUAUUCUCCAACCUUGAAUAAUUGAUGUUGUGCUUUAACAACUACACAUAUAUUUCUUUUGGAAGAGAACCCUUUAGUAAGUAAAUGGAUACUUUGUUAAGACUAGUCAGACUUCAUCAACCUGAACAGUCCUUCAACUCCAGUAGAACCUCAAGCAGCUCUAGAUCCUCCAGCAGACUCUAUCAACAACCCCAAGAAGAGGAGGAAGAAGAAUGCUUCAACUUUUUCAUGGAUGAAGAUGACGAUGGUUUCUCUUCACAUUCCUCUUCCAAGCCCCUUAGCCAAAACCCUUGUAACCCCUACCCGUACUCCGCCACCCCUCCUUACACCAAUCCCGCCACCCCUACCUUCGACCCGAAUCUUGAAUUCGGGUCUUCCUUCUUCGCUGGCAACAAGUGGGCUAAUGAUGUUCUCGUCGAAACAGCACGCGCGUUGUCAGAGAACAACACCGGCCGGUUCCAACACCUGAUGUGGAUGCUCAACGAGCUCGGCUCCACCUACGGCGACACCGAGCAGAAGCUGGCAUCUUACUUCCUCCAGGCCCUUUUCGCCCGCAUGACUGGCUCCGGCGAACGGACUUAUCGGUCGCUCGUUUCCGCCUCCGACCAGACUUGCUCCUUCGAGUCCACUCGCCGGAUGGUCCUCAAGUUUCAAGAAGUCAGUCCCUGGACAACCUUCGGCCACGUGGCGAGCAACGGCGCCAUCAUGGAGGCCUUCGAGGGCGAACAGAAUCUUCAUAUCAUAGACAUCAGCAACACGUUUUGCACGCAGUGGCCGACUCUUCUGGAAGCUCUCGCUACUCGAAACGAUGAUACUCCCCACCUCCGCCUCACGGUGGUGGUUGUGGGCGGAGGUAGGGCGUCGAAGGUGAUGAAGGAGAUCGGGAGCAGGAUGGAGAAGUUUGGUAGACUUAUGGGAGUUCCAUUCAAAUUUAACGCCGUUCAUCAUACCGGCGACUUGUCGGAGCUCGACUUAUCGGCGUUGGACGUUAGAGAAGACGAAGCUCUAGCAAUCAACUCCGUCGGGGCUUUACACUCCGUCUCGGCCCCCGGAGGCCGCCGGGACUACCUGAUAUCUCUCUUUAAGCGGCUGCAGCCGAGGGUUUUCACGGUGGUGGAGGAAGAAGCUGACGUGGAGGUCGGGAACGAAGGGUUCGACUUUUUUAAGGAUUUUCAAGAAUGUCUAAGGUGGUUUAGGGUUUACUUUGAGACGCUGGACGAGAGCUUCCCCAGGGCGAGCAACGAGCGUUUGAUGCUCGAGAGGCAAGCCGGGCGGGCAAUCGUUGACCUGGUCGCCUGUCCGCCGUCACAGUCGGUGGAGCGGCGGGAGACGGCGGAGCGGUGGUCGCGUCGCCUCCACGCGGCAGGGUUUAGUACGGUUCCGUACAGCGACGAAGUUUGCGACGACGUGCGUGCACUGUUGAGGAGGUACAGAGAGGGUUGGGGUAUGGCGCAGUGCCCGGCGGAAUCUUCGGCCGGAAUAUUCCUGUCGUGGAAGGAUCAGCCGGUGGUGUGGGCCAGCGCGUGGAAACCUUGACUGAAUGUUGACUACGGUCCCGUGCGUCUCACGUGUGGUAUCAUUUUUCUUGGCACAUGUGCAUGCAUGGCACCCAGGUGGAGCUUCUGGAUUUGUUGGGCGGUAGCUUAGAUAAAGAAAGCUAUUAUGAAUUUAAUUUAAUCAUAUAUAAAUUGUGGAUUGAUUUCAAUUAAUUGUUGGGGUUAAUUAGUUUUGAUUUCUUGGCAAAGAGAGCUUUAUAUUUCAAAGUGAUUUGAUGUGUUGGAAAAGAAAUUUGGUUUCUGGCCGGUUUGCCUUUAAAAAAUCUCAUUAAUCUGUGUGAUGUAUAUCAAUACAAAAGUAGUGAUUGAGCGAUCAUGUAACAUAAUUAGCG